AUGGCGACUACCUUGAACAAGAAGGUCUUGAACUUUAAUAUCGGAGUUCUUGGGCAUAUUGACAGUGGAAAAACGUCUCUUGCUAAAGCCUUGAGCUCGACCGCUUCAACAGCUUCUUUCGACAAGAACCCCCAGAGUAAAGAGCGUGGAAUAACCCUUGAUCUGGGCUUCUCCUCAUUCCAAGUUCCCCUCCCAGAACAUUUGAAGCAACACCCCUAUGACCUACUGCAAUUUACACUGGUGGAUUGCCCAGGACAUGCAUCUCUUAUUCGGACUAUCAUUGGAGGCGCUCAGAUCAUUGAUAUGAUGAUGCUGGUGGUGGAUGUCACUAAGGGAAUGCAGACCCAAACAGCUGAGUGUCUUGUGAUUGGAGAGAUCCUGUGUGAGAAGAUGGUGGUGGUAUUGAACAAGACCGACUUACUUAAAGAAGAAAAGAGGGAUGCUUUAAUUGAGAAGGUAAUUGAUUGAUGACAACUGAGCCCUUCAUAGUAGCCUGGGAAAACAGCCGUAUUUCCUCGCUGCUCGCCAGGAGAGAUGUUUGUGACUUAGCAACAGAAAUUCCGUACUGAUGACAUAAAAUCUGUCCACAAUCUGGCCAGGAGCUCUGAUUGGUGGACAUAGUAGUUACAUUGUUUUAGCUAUAUUGUUUACGAAUGAUAGAUGAUAGACAAAAGGCCACCAAGGUCAAGUGUAAAUUGGAUGAAUCUAUAACAAAACAGUCAAUAUUCGUGGAAUGUAUUCUUCUCUAGAAGAAGCAUUCGAGUUUUGCUGGGGCUCAUUCACAGAUGAAUACAAAACUUUCUCAAACUCGACCAGGAGAAACAUAAAAUCAAACAAAUUUGCAUUUGGAACCCCAUGACUAUCAGAUCAAUUAUGUAAACAUUGAUUUACAUCAUCAGUGUGGAAUGUCUGUCUAAGAUGCAGAUGUCUCUCCUGGCGAAACACCCCAAGUGGCAAGGAGCGAGGAGAAACAGCUGUUUCUGCAGACUAGCUUUAUAGUUUUCCUGACCUGCCAACCUACAGCAAAACAAACUGAAGAUUUGGAAAAAUUUUGGCCACUAAAACAAAAGAAAAGAAAACCUAGGGAUAUGUGCUAGGCUUCUGAGGUGGGACCUACAGUUUAUCAUCCUUAUCAGAGAAGACUAGAGAGACCAACUGUUUGCAGAUGUCUUUACAGAGGCAGCCCUUUCUCCUUGUUAUUUAACGACAAUGAGUGUUGGUCCAGUUCGGUUUGGGUGGCUUUCCUAUAUUCAAGGCCCUUUUUACUUUGCUCAUUCGGUUCCCCAGUCUCCUUUAUGGGGAACUAAGGCCUGUUUCAAGCAUUGUGCUGCUGCCGUGCCCAACUUAAUUGAUCAAUUUAAAUUUGCCCUUGGCAUGACGUUUGAAUCCAACAAAAAGCUUCGCCGAUUAGUUACCUCUGAGUCUCAGUGGAUGUUAAAACAUUGUCAACUAUCAACUUUGUGAGUUUUGUCGUUCGAAAAAAAUCUUUUCAAAAAAUAGCUGUUUUGGUGUUUCAGUGUUUCCUUUUGCUGUUUCAUGGUUUAGUAAUGUCUCUUACUGGGUGGCAGUAUAUAAUAACUGAUAUUAAUAACUGUUACUAAAAAUAUGUGCCUCACAGAACCUUUCACUGAAAGAUUUAAAGCAUUUUUGUAGUUUACAUGUAUUUAAUUAUUAAAAAUUAGACUUGCCGUAUUAAAAGAGAAAAUAAUGUUUGUGUCACACCAUUGUGAAUUUAUAUCUGUAAGCAUCCUUCAAGCUUUAAGAUUAAUUAUCUUGUGUAGUUAUUAUUGAUCAACUUAAUGGUAGACUAAUAUAAAAUUAAUUCAUUCAGUGUCUCACAUUUUCUUUGCACCUUUGUAGAUGACCAAAAAAAUGGCAAAGACAUUGGAAAACACGAAAUUUGCUGGUUCACCCAUUCUAGCAGUAUCAGCCAAGCCUGGAGGACCUGAUUGUCCAGACUCCGAGCCUGUUGGUACUCAGAAGCUCAUAGAUUUACUCUCAUCAUUGUCAUACCUUCCAAUCAGAGAUCCAUCAGGACCUAUGGUCUAUGCUGUUGAUCACUGCUUCUCUAUUCGAGGGCAGGGCACUGUAAUGACGGGAACUAUUCUCAGCGGUAGCAUUAAGGUUAAUGAUACAAUAGAGAUUCCCUCCAUGAAGGUCACCAAGAAAGUCAAGUCAAUGCAAAUGUUCAGAGUUCCUGUGACAGAAGCAUCUCAGGGUGACAGGGUUGGGAUAUGCGUGACUCAGUUUGAUCCAAAACUUCUGGAAAGAGGGUUGGUUUGUAGUCCAUCAACUAUACCAACAAUUUUUGCAGCCAUUAUCUCAGUUAAACAUAUCCCUUACUAUAAAGGAACUAUCACCUCUAAAUCUAAGUUCCAUAUUACCAUUGGUCAUGAAACAGUGAUGGGUAAGCUUCAAGUGUUUGGCCUUCCUCCUGGUCAGUCAGUUGAUCCCCCUCAAGACAGCAAAUCCUUUGACAUGAGUAGGGAGUAUGUUUUUCAAGAAGCAAUCAUGGAACAAUCAAGUCAUUCUGCCAAAUCAGCUGAUAAAGAAAGAGAAGAUACUGAAAGUAAUCCUGUUCCAAACCAACAAUGGUUGUUCAUUGAGUUUGAGAAACCAGUUACCUGCCCAGAACAUUCUUUGGUGAUUGGGUCACGACUUGACACUGACAUACACCUGAACGUCUGUAGAAUCGCAUUUCAUGGUCAAUUGUUAGUACCUGUAAUGGACAAGAACUAUACAGAAACCUUCUUGCCACAAUUAAAAGUCUACAAGACCAAGGCAAGGGAAGGUGUUGUUGAAAGGAUGGCGGAUGAGUACUCUGUAAUUGCUCACUCUCUUUUUAAGAAGGAAACAAAUAUCCAAACUUUUGUCGGGAUGAAGAUUAGACUAACAACAGGAGAGGAAGGAAUGAUCGAAGGAGCUUUUGGUCAAAGCGGCAAAGUGAAGAUCAGGAUUCCCAGUGGCUUGUCUGCUGAUACUAUCCCCAAACUUUCUUCUGGUGGAAAGAAAAGAGGUGGAAAAAAUAAGGGGGCUGCCAUAACUAGUCCAGAAGUUACUGGCGAUUCUGUUGAACAGCUUACAACAGCUGUCAAAGUAAUCCUAGAGUUUAAGAGAUACAGCUAUGAUCCUCAGAAGAAAAUGAUUCAAACGUAAGCAGACUGACUUUGCUUGAAAUUUAUUAUUGUAAACAAGUAACUUGACAACAAACAAUAGUAAAAUUAAAUAAUUGAUUUUGUGAAAGAUUGUUAAAAUGUUUCAUAGAGUACUGGUAGAGGUGGACAGGAAAUAUUAAGGAGACAAAGCCCAUUACAAACCUAGGUAACUACAUGUACACUGUAACAUAUGUUAGUGUUGAAUCUUGUAGGUGAAGUUGGUGUAAUAAGUUGUAAUAAAAAAGCGCUAUUUUAACUGUGACAGUUUAUAACAACAAGAAAAAUUUUCCAAUGUUGUAUUCUUUAUAUUUACCCAAGAUAUCUUUACAGCAAGAUAUGCUAAUAUUGCAUUGUUUUGGUUUUAUGCAUAGCUA